UUAAAUUCAACUUCUUCAUAAUGACAAAUGAGUGCUAUUAAAAUUUCAGCUGGAAACGCCAGUAGAAGAAUCCAUUUGUUUCACAUCUUACCAAAUCUACUCCAAGGCCCAUAAUGUUAUACAAGAUUAUCCUACUGCUAUCUCUUCAGAUAAGCCUCCUAGGAACAACUGAUGGUGGGAAUGUUUUGAUAUGGCCAAUGGAAGGUAGUCAUUGGCUAAAUAUUAAGAUAAUCAUAGAUGAGCUUAUUAAAAAAGAGCACAAUGUUACCGUCCUAGUUGCCUCCGGUGCACUCUUCAUCACACCAACUAAAAAAUCAUCUCUAACCUUUGAAGUAUAUAAGGUAUCCUUUGGAAAAGAAAAAGUGGAAGGUGUAAUAAAGAGUUUUGUUUUGACAUGGCUAGAAAAUAGACCAUCUCCUUCUACCAUUUGGACGUUCUACCAGGAAAUGGCCAAAGUCAUUGAAGACUUUCAUAUGAUAUCUAGAGAAAUUUGUGAUGGUGUUCUACAAAAUCCAAAGCUGAUGGAAGAACUAAAGAAAGCCAAGUUUGAAGUCCUGGUAUCAGAUCCUGUAUUUCCUUGUGGUGAUAUAGUAGCUUUGAAACUGGGGAUUCCGUUUAUGUACUCCCUGAGGUUUUCUCCAGCCUCAACAGUGGAAAAGCAUUGUGGGAAGGUACCAUACCCUCCUUCCUAUGUUCCUGCUGUUUUAUCAGAACUCUCCGACCAAAUGUCUUUCACUGAUAGAAUAAGAAAUUUCAUCUCCUACCACCUACAAGACUACAUGUUUAAUACUCUUUGGAAAUCAUGGGAUUCCUACUAUACUAAAGCUUUGGAUGGUAGCCACUGGUUGAAUAUUAAGAUCAUUCUGGAAGAGCUGAUUCAAAGAAAUCACAGUGUGACUGUACUGGCUUCCUCAGAAACUCUGUUCAUAAACUCCAACCCGGACCCAUCUGUGAAUUUUGAGGUGAUUCCUACUUCCUACAAGAAGAGUAAUAUAGAUGAACUGAUUGAACAUAUGAUAAUGUUGUGGAUAAAUCACAGACCAACUCCACUCACACUCUGGAAGUUCUACAAAGAACUAGGAAAACUCUUAGAUACCUUCUUUCGAAUUAAUUUACAAAUCUGUGAGGGAGUGCUAAACAAUUCCAGGUUAAUGACAAGACUUCAGAAAGGUGGCUUUGAUGUGUUAGUAGCAGACCCAGUAACAAUCUGUGGUGAUCUGGUUGCUCUGAAAUUAGGCAUUCCAUUUAUUUACACCUUGAGAUUCUCUCCAGCUUCAACAGUGGAAAGACACUGCGGAAAAAUCCCAGCACCAGCCUCCUAUGUACCAGCAGCCUUAUCAGAACUCACUGACCAAAUGACCUUUGGUGAAAGGGUUAAAAACACCUUAUCUUAUUCUCUGCAAGAUUAUAUUUUUCAGUCUUAUUGGGGAGAAUGGAAUUCAUACUACAGCAAAAUUCUAGGAAAACCCACUACAUUAUGUGAGACUAUGGGAAAAGCUGAAAUUUGGCUAAUCAGAACUUAUUGGGAUUUUGAAUUUCCUCGUCCUUAUUUACCUAACUUUGAGUUUGUUGGAGGCUUGCACUGUAAACCUGCCAAACCUUUACCUAAGGUUUUAUGGAGAUACAAAGGAGUAAAGCCAGCCACAUUAGGAGCAAAUACUCGACUGUAUGAUUGGAUACCCCAGAAUGACCUUCUUGGUCACCCCAAAACAAAAGCCUUCAUUACUCACGGUGGAACAAAUGGGCUCUAUGAAGCUAUUUAUCAUGGGGUUCCUAUGGUGGGAUUGCCUAUGUUUGCGGAUCAGCCUGAUAACAUUGCCCACAUGACGGCUAAAGGAGCAGCUGUGGAUCUGAAUAUGAACACAAUGACAAGUGCAGAUUUGUUCAAUGCUUUGAAAACAGUCAUUAAUGAUCCUUAUUAUAAAGAGAAUGCAAUGAGGUUAUCAAGAAUUCAUCAUGAUCAGCCUGUAAAGCCCCUGGAUCGAGCUGUCUUCUGGAUAGAGUUUGUCAUGCGCCACAAAGGAGCCAAGCAUCUUCGCCCAGCUGCCCAUGACCUUACCUGGUUCCAGUACCAUUCUUUGGAUGUCAUUGGGUUCCUACUGGCCUGUGUAGCAACUGCUAUAUUAUUAGUCACUAAAUGUUGUUUAUUUUCUUGGCAAAAGUUUGGGAGAACAGGAAAAAAGAAAAAGAGAGAUUAGAGUUGUCCAAGUUGAAAAA